CCGCCGCCAACCGAGCAGCCAUGAGGAGGUCUUCCGCCGUCAGAGCCACAGCUGCGAUGAUGCUCGCCUUUCUGGCGGCCGUCUCUGCCGCGGCUGUCAUCCCCGUACCCUAUGCAGAUGGGGCAGCGGACUCGGCAGAGGACGGCGAGUCCGGGCCGCCGCUGGUGCUGCUGCCUGGCGGCGAGAAGCGCGCCGCGGACGACGGCGGCCGCCUGAUGCUGGGGCUCGGUGUCCUAAGCAACAUGCAGCAGUUCUUCGACAACCUCCGCUCAAACCUGGAAACCAUAGAGUCUAUGCCCAAAGAAGAAAGAGAGGCUCUGUUGGGACAAGCUCCAGUUGUAACAGAAACACGACGCAACAACUCGGUUCCAGGAUCUUCUGCUGCUCCUUGGCUGUCGACCCGCGACGUAUAGCGGCCAGCAAUUUCCUCUCUGGUCGCGGCAACGAAGAUGCUGUCCCCGUUCGUUGCGCCGAUCUCUCCGUACAUGAAACACAUAAAAAAAAUACAAAACUUUUAGAUAAUUCACAUUUAUUACAAAUAAUAAGAAAACACAUAAACAAAACUAAAUUAAACUUAUAGUCACCUGCAAACUGGGCUGACUUUGGUGGAUGGGUGACGCUUAAUUUCGUCCCACUACAUACCCCACCCACAAGCUCAGUUUGUCAGGUUUUAACCGGAAUUAAAACUGUUCAAUAUACAAUA